CGUCUGUAGCCGGGAAACCGAGCGUCCGGCGCCGCAGGUUGUGGUCAGCAAUGUCUGGUGAAGAAGCCCCGCGUAAGGCAGAGUCCUCCGAGGCCCGCGCGGCCGCCGUCAGCGACAUCCAGGAGCUGAUGCGCCGCAAGGAGGAGAUCGAGGCGCAGAUUAAAGCUAAUUACGACGUCCUGGAAAGCCAAAAAGGAAUUGGGAUGAACGAGCCGCUGGUGGACUGUGAAGGCUAUCCCCGGGCGGAUGUGGACUUGUACCAGGUCCGAACAGCAAGGCACAACAUCAUCUGUCUACAGAAUGAUCACAAGGCUGUGAUGAAGCAGGUGGAGGAGGCCCUGCACCAGCUACAUGCUCGGGACAAGGAGAAGCAGGCCCGGGACAUGGCUGAAGCCCAAGAAGAGGCCAUGAGCCGCAGGCUGGACUCCAACAACCCCACCCUACCCCAGGCCUUCGCCAAAGUGAACAGUAUCAGUCCCGGCUCCCCAGCCAGUAUUGCGGGCCUGCAAGUGGAUGAUGAAAUUGUGGAGUUUGGCUCUGUGAACACCCAGAACUUCCAGUCGCUACAGAACGUUGGCAGCGUGGUGCAGCAUAGCGAGGGGAAGCCCCUGAAUGUGACGGUGAUCCGCAGAGGGGAGAGACACCAGCUCAGACUGACGCCAACACGCUGGGCAGGAAAAGGACUGCUGGGCUGCAACAUUAUCCCUCUCCAGAGAUGACUGUCCCUAGGGACCUGCAAGAGCGCUGCUGCAGCCGGGCCCUGCUCUGGGUCUGGUAGGGAUUUCCUCAUUCUCCUCGAUCUCUGAAGUGUAAGGAUCUGGAAGAGAGCGGGGAAAGCCGGAGCAUCAUGGUGGAGGACCCGCUUUGGCCUUCGGUGUAAUCUCUCUGGAUUGAGGCAUUAAAAACAUGAUUUGUACCUAGCUAAGUCUUGUGCGAAAUAGGCUAUAGCCCUGUCUGGGGAUUCUGUACAUCGACCCAGUGAGUUGGAAUGAUUCUGGCAGGUAAUGAUCCGAAUUGAUUUUUUUAUUUGAGACAGUCUCACUAUGUAGCUCGGGCUCCCCUGGAACUCACUGUGUAGACCAUUCUGGCCUUGAGCUGACAGAGAUCCCCCUGCCUCUGCAUCCUGAGUAUUGGGGUUAGAGGUAUGCACUACCAUGCCUGAUUCGACCCUGAGGGAUAUUUGUUAUACAUACAUAAUUUUUACUUAAGUUUUUGAGAAUACCUACAUAUAUCCUCUUCCCCUCCUAUUUAAUUACACCUCAGUCCCGCCCAGAUCUCCCUCAUGUCCACUCCCAGCUUUAUUUAUUUAUUUAUUUUAAUAAAUAACCUACUGAGUGCAAUUUGUAUUGCCCACAUACUUAUGGAUGUGGGGUCUUCCACCUACCGGGGACCUCACCUCUAACAGCCACAGGGACUUAAGUGCCCCCCCACUUUGAAGCAGGGUCUCAUGUAGCCCAGCCCAUCCUCAGAUUCGCUCAAGAUGGUCUUGAACUUCUAGUCCUUCAGCCUCCAACUUCUAAGUGCAGUGUGCCCUGCCUAGGCAUUUCCUCUUGUGGGGGUGGGGUUUGGAGUCAGGGUCUCUUUAUGAGUACUGUCCUUAAACUUGGGGUCUCCCCACCUCAGUCUCCUGACUGUAUGCCACCAACUCUGGCUCCUUGUAUAGGUUUUCUCUUUUCAAAUAAACCUAGUUUUAUAGUGGUAAUUGUGACCAUUGUACAUUCCACCUGGAUUUCUUAUGCUCCUCAAACCAAGCUCAGAAGGAGUUAGAAAGAAAGUUGGACAAAGCAAACUGGUCCUGGGCUGCAGUCAAGUUGAUUCUUGUGCUGGAAGCCGAAACCUAGAGCUCAUACUUUGGGCAAGCGUUCUCUUGUGGGGCCACACAUCUUCCAGCCCCUGAUGUUGACAGCUGGCCAGCAUCUCUGCUUGGAGCGGUCCUACCCUGGGUAGAGAAGGCACUAGAGUUCUAUGCAUGCAUCCUCUGAAGUUGGCUCUGUAUAUCCAGAGUUCCAGGAAGAGGUUAGCAAAGGUUAGGAGGCCUCACAGGUUACCUGGGAUGGUGAUGGUGAUGGCUUCCUCUUCAGUGACCUGCUGGAGAGCAGCAAACUCCCUUUACUUCUGAAAUAAAAGACCCUGCAGAUG